UCCGUCUUACCUAUCGUUUAGUUCAAUGUGUUCAGUUCAGUUCACGAGACGAUGGUCUAGACAGAUUGCUUGAGUUUCCAACUUGUGACAUACGCGAUUCCUUAGCGAUCAUUCGCAUAGUACUUUCUUGCCGUGCAUUGUCUGCUGCCGAGCUACUGAUCGAGUUGCUGUGAGAGACAGAGAGUUGUGAUCUAGCUCAGAUCCAUCCAUAAAUCUUGUAAGAUCUUUGCAUCAGAUCCGAGCACAAAGUUCUUAACGAUUCGAACUUGGAGAAAAUGGAGGGUUCUUCGACACUACCAAAGUUGCCUCAGAGGAGAUGCCUCGAAGAGAUAAUCAAUUCUAGCGAGGACAACCUCCCUUCUGCGGCAGUCGUGGAUUUUCCCCUUGACAGAAAAGGGAAGAAGAUGAGAGUUUAUCAUGCUCCGCAACCAAGGAAGCCAAGCACGUCUUGGACGGCGGAAGAGGACGAGACAUUACGAGCAGCAGUCGAGAAAUUCAAGGGCCGAAAUUGGAAACAGAUUGCUGCAAAUUUACGGAAUCGGUCAGAUGCUCAGUGCCUUCACCGCUGGCAAAAGGUUCUUAAUCCUAUCCUGGUUAAAGGAUAUUGGAGCAAAGAGGAGGACGACAAGAUGCUCGAAUUGGUCAAAACGUUCGGCACGAAGAGAUGGGCUGCCAUCGCUCGGGCAAUGCCUGGCAGAAAUAGCAAGCAGUGUCGAGAGAGAUGGUGCAAUCAUCUGGAUCCCAAGAUAAAAAAGGAGCCUUGGAGUGAAGAAGAGGACAUGAUGUUGGUUAUGGCUCACCAGAGGUUAGGCAACAGAUGGGCAGAGAUCGCCAAGAUUAUUCCUGGCAGGUCGGACAAUGCCAUCAAGAAUAGGUGGAACACGGCAAAGAAUAAACGGUCGGAUGCACUGGAACAAUCCAGUGAGAAUUGGAUCAACAGUAGCACAUUUGGAGAUAUGUGUUCCUUUACUGAAGAUGUGGCUCAAAGAGACCUUGACGCUAAUCAACAUGUUCUGGCAUGGAAUGGCGAGCCCAAUGUUGUGACAUGGAAUGGCGAGUCCAAUAUCGACAUCCAAGAUUCGAAUGCGGUGGAGGACCUUGCAUUGAACAGCGUGUUCGGACCCGAUAAGAUUGAGGAUGAAGAUUGCUUCCCAGACUUUGAUUUUUGUCUUUAAUGUCAAGUUUUUUACAGCUAAUCCCUACAAGGACCAUGUAAAUGUAAUAGGCGCUCGUGGCUUGUGCCUUGUGCGGUAUGUAGUUCGGGGGUGUUUGGGUUUGAAGAAGCUCUGUGAGAGAACACUAAAUUCUUAUUAUUUUCUUCGACUUGCUGUACAUCAAAAUUUUAUAAUUGAGAUUAUAUAAUCCUGGAAGGAUUGCAAUUCAAUCAGUACAAGUUUCCACAUAAAU